GCUGCGGGGCUACUGUGCCUGCAGCCUGAAAUGGUAACUGUUUCUUUAAGGCGCUUGCCUACCACUGUCUGCUUUGUUUAGCCAGAGGGGAGAGUCACGCCAUCAGAACAGAAGAACAUGCUUUAAUUCGGAAAAGUAGAGGUAAACAAAGGUAAGAAACGUUCACCUCUGGAGCAAGAAUCGACUUUUGGGCAAGGUUACUGUUUCGUGCGUGUCGGAAUGAAGUCUACUCAAAUCUUACUAUCCACUGCACUUAUUUUCCUUCUCUCGGGACUUUCCAUGACCACAGCCUGCAACAAGGCUCUCUGUGCCAGUGAUGUCAGCAAAUGUCUCAUUCAGGAGCUGUGUCAGUGCAGGCCCUCGGAUGGGAACUGCUCGUGCUGUAAAGAGUGUAUGCUCUGUCUUGGCACACUGUGGGAGGAGUGCUGCGACUGUGUGGGGAUGUGUAACCCUAGGAACUACAGUGACACUCCAGCUACCUCCAAAAGCACGGUGGAGGAACUCUACCGACCCAUCCCCUCACUGUUCCGCGCCCUCACCGAGGGCGAAGCGCCCAUCAACAUGAUGGUGGUGUCCUUCCCCGUGGCCGAGGAACUAUCUUACCACGAGAACCUGGUGUCUUUCCUGGAGACCAUCGAGGACCAGCACCAAAAUGUCUCCCUGCCUGGGAACAGUAUCCACGCCAGCUACGAUAACACCCAAAGUACUGAAGAUAACAUGUGCACUGUGGUGUACUUUGAUGACUGCGUGUCCAUCCGCCAGUGCAAGCAGUACUGCGAGUCCAUGGGCGGCUCCAAGUACCGCUGGUUCCAUAACGCCUGCUGUGAAUGCAUCGGCCCAGAGUGCCUCGACUACGGCAGCAAAGCCGUCAAGUGCAUGAACUGCCUGUUCUAAUGAAAGCCAAUGGGACUUGCCACGUUAGGGUACUGUGCUAAAAAUGCCACAAGGGGGCACUGUCUGCAAUAUGCAGAUGGGCUGAUGAGGUUGACGGAGGAAGAUGACUUGUGCCUCAGCCUUUUGUAAAAUGUUUCCAUAUUGUGAUGUAAAAUAUUAGCCCUUACAAAUUAUUUUUCACUCUUGAAUUUGUUUUUAUAUCUUAUAUAGGUUCUCUAGCAGAGAAUAAAUAUAUAUUGAUUGUUUUAUAUUCUCAUAUAGUUAAUGCUGAAAGAGUCACAAUGACAAAUAGUUUUUUAUAUAUAUAUAUAUAUCUAUAGCCGCGUAAAGACAAGCAAUCAAUGUUAUCUAAUCUCUAGUGAAAUGGCAUUUUAUUUUUGUUGUAAUGGACAAUCAUAGUAAAUACUGUUUUUAUAAUUAUUAUAUCAUUGUUAGCUAUAUAACAUACACUACAUGGCCAAAAGUAUAGACACCUGCUCGUCAAACAUCUCAUUCCCAAAUCAUGGCCAUUAAUAUGGAGAUGGACCCCCCCCCCUUUGCUGCUAUAACAGCCUCCACUCUUCUGGGAAAACGUUCUACUAGAUGUUGGAACAUUGCUGCAGGGACUUGUUUCCAUUCAGCCACAAGAACAUUAGUGAGGUAGGCACUGAUGUUGGGCGAUUUAGCCUGGCUCACAGUUGGCAUUCCAAUUCAUCCCAAAGGUGUUCGAUGGAGUUAAGGUCAGGGCUCUGUACAGGCCCGUCAAGUUCUUCCACAACGAUCUUGACAAACCAUUUUUGUAUGGACCUUUCUUUGUGCACGGGGGCAUUGUCAUGCUGAAACAGAAAAGGGCCUUUCCCAAACUGUUGCCACAAAGUUGGAAGCAAAGAAUCAUCUAGAAUGGUGUAGCGUUAAGAUUUCCCUUCACUGGAACUAAGCGGCCUGAACCAUGAAAAACAGCCCCAGACCAUUAUUCCUCCUCCACUAAACGUUACAGUUGGCACUGUGCAUUGGGGCAGGUAGCGUUCUUAUGGCAUCCGUCAAACCCAGACUACUCCGUCGGACUGCCAGAUGGUGAAGCGUGAUUCAUCACUCCAGAGAAUUCCACUGCUCCAGAGUCCAAUGGCUGAGAGCUUUACACCACUCCAGCCGAUGCUUGGCAUUGAGCAUGGUAUUCUUAGGCCCGUGUGCGGCUGCUCGGCCAUGGAAACCCAUUUCAUGAAGCUCCCGACAGACGAUUUUUACGCACUUCAGCACUCGGGGGUCCCCUUCUGUGAGCUUGUGUGGCCUACCACUUCACAACUGAGCCGUUGUUGCUCCUAUAUGUUUCCACUUCAUAAUAACAGCACUUACAGUUGACUGGGGCAGCUUUAGCAGGUCAGAAAUUUGACAAACUGACUUGUUGAAAAGGUGGCAUCCUAUGACAGUGCCACGUUGAAGGUCACUGAGCUCUUCAGUAAGGCCAUUCUACUGCCAACAUUUGUGUAUAGAGAUUGCAUGGCUGUGUGCUCGAUUUUAUACACACGUCAGCAACGGGUGUGGAUGAAAUAGCUGGAUCCACUCAUUUGAAGGGUUGUCCACAUACUUCUGACUAUUUAGUGUAUGUUAUUUUAAACGACUGCCAUAUUCAAUCAAAACUGAUGGCCAGCCUUUCACAGACAACAGGUUUGAUUUUACAGGCGCAUUUAAGAUGAUUUGUUUCAUACCGUCAACAUUUUUCAUUCUAUCAUUCUAGCACAAGUAUGUUGUUUGACUGCAUACCACACUGUUACUAUACACACUCCGGAAUGGAACAGUUGAUUGGUCUAAAGGUAGUCUGGUGGGAUCUGUUUCAGGCCAGAGUGUGUUCCACUCCGAGGUGUGUACUGUAAGUCGUGUCACAGAGGAAUCCGGUUGUUAUUGCACGAGCCCUCUGUGUUUAUCCCUUGUUCUUCAUGUCUUCAGCUAUGCUUAUUAAAGGUCUGCAACAUUUGGUUUCAAUUAGGGCCACAGAGGCUGGCAGAGAGCAGCAGAAACAUUACUGCAACAUCUUGGCGCAGCUUUAUUGGUCUUGUAGAGGUUGUAUGUGCUACAUUCAAUCUGUUUGUGUCCUUGCUUUCUUGUGCUGGUUCACUGUCGCGCACUGCUUAUUUCCUUGAUCUGUCGAGUUAUUCAUAGGGUUGUCGUGUAGCCAGUGGGUCUCGUGAAACAGAAAAUGUUGGUUAUUUGGCACAGGAGUGGAGCAAUGUGGUUUAUGGAAGCAGUGAGGUACUAAAGACAAACGCUUUCAUUUCUAAGCCAAUGCAACUAUUCACAUAUAACCGCUAAUGAAAAUGAGGUGAGGAAAGUAAAGUAGAUGCAUUGUUCAUGUAAAAGCAAUAAUAUUAUUUGAAUUGUGACAGAAACAUGUAAAACACUUCAUUCCAAACGGCAAACAGUAAAAUAAUGUUUUGUGUAAAAAUGUAAUAAAUUAAACAUUUCUCAUGUUUACACUAAA